AGUAAGAGGGCAAGUGCACGAGCACCUACUCGUACGUCCGCCGAUCAUCCAUUGUUGUCGGAAAAUGAAGAACAAGCUCCUGAACCGUGCACGUGUUAGCGAAUCCGAAGGAGGCUGACGGCUGAUUCCUCCUGAUGCUAUCCCUGAGUGGGUCUGCGCUGUUUCACAAUGUCGUGAACUGGCGUGAUGACGAACAGCGGGUGCCAGGCCGUUUCCUGCAGGUGCUUGGCGUGCGCUCCUCGGCAAAGUCCGCGCCCGCGGGUGGCUCGAAUGCGGGCGAGAGCAGCGGUAGCGAGUCUUCUGCAGUGGGAAGCAGCGCGGCAGCGGACAAGAAGUCGGGAACAAGCCAGCCCCCAAACAGCCUGCUGGGCUACCCCUUUGUGCUGCUGCGAGUACCGGUUGACAGCGCAUUACUGCAAGCCGAGGACGUUCCGCAGCGACGGAAGUUUCGCAGCAGUGCAGAGCAGGACGACGAGAACGACGACGAUGAACAAGACGGCAAUAAGUAUUCGUCACCUGCGGCGGCGCGUAGAAAGAAGAAGUCCGCACACAGUAGUCGCUUCGCUUCGCCAAAACGAAAAAGUCUGAUCACGGAGCAAAAGCUGCCUCGGGUGCCGGAAGACGCGACGUCCAGUGCGCCAGCGGUGUCGGCGUCGGAGGCCGGUGGAAAUCUCACUGGAAGGGGGCCAGCCACCGGAAAUCUGACUGUCAGGAGAACGAGUGGAGUAAGUGAGACGAGGCAAAGAUUGCGGCAUGCCGGAGCCUAUUUCGAGAGGCUCGCCGUUGUCUUCCGCAAAUACGAUUUUCGACUCCGACUUAGCGAUGGCAUUGUGAUCGCGAGGACACCAAGCGUCGGACCACAGAACGCGGCAUCUACUACUUCCGUCGAUCCCGAUUGCUACGUCACGCUGUUGCUCGAAUAUCAAAGUGCCAACUUCGACUUUCAGCGAAUGCUCGCUGCGGACGAGAACUUCUACGAUGCGUCGGAAGACUCCAUCGAGGCUGCGUUGCAGCUUGCACUUCGGGAACUUUUCCAGUACUUGUCGGUGACUAGUGUGGAAAAGGGCGUGAAUUUGUCCUACGGCAACAUUCUAGCGCAAGCGAAUUUGGCGAGAGCGGUGAAAGAGAACCUGCAUGAAGCCGCUGUACUGUCAAAAAGUAUGAGUCGGAAGCGACCCGGCGUGUUCGGGCGGCUCGUGGCGCUGGCACGGGAAGUCCCGCAGUUGUUCCGCAUGGCCACGACGCUGCUCAAGGUGCCGCUUCGCGCUGAAGAAGAGUUCUUUGAAUUCCUGGCGAAGCUGCUCCACGCGGGAUUUUCGGUUCUGUAUCUGCGCAGCCCAUUUCUACCGGAAGACAAGGUGGAGGACGUCGAAGCGCUCGUGAAUCUAAGCCUUGCAGAGGAACCGGAUGCAGCUUCCGUUUUCGAUCUGUCCCGUGUUGGUACGGGCGGCCCCGCAAGCGGAAGCGAGACUGGCAACUUGACGCCACUCGGAGGACCUGGUGCACCCGCGCAACAACUUGCGCGCUCCGCGUUGCAGACACCACGAAGCGGCGGCGGUAUUUUGUCCCGCGGGGGCUCGCGCCCCGGCUCUGCGCGCAACAAGAGCGUAGCUUUUGCCGGAGGAGGAUCUACAAGUGGGCCGGGAGUUGUUCCUGACGCCGGGGUCAUGGGGACAGGCGUUAUCAUUGGCAUUCCGGAAACGCCACCAGUCGAGCAGCCACCAGAAGACCUCGCUGCGGUUGCCGCCGCUGUUUCUUCCAGCAGUAGCGCCAUCGGAACACCCACCACGAGCGAAGCUAUUUUUCUUUCAUCUGGUGCUAUGCCCUCGAAGGCUGUUUCGUCUAACCGCAUAGUGCCGAUUGAAAAAACUACGCUUCUGGUGCAGGGCGUCGGCUUGUCGUUCACAGGCAGCAAAGCUAGCCCCAGCCUGGCAGUCGGGCAGCAGGUCAGUUUGGCGAAGGCAGUUUCGUCAAGUACCGCGGUUGUACAUGAAGAUGGCCAGCGCCCAGUAGUGCCACUGCCUUUAGGCACCGACGUGCAGACACAACCUCUAGGCGACGGAAAAGACGAAGUAGGAGUGUUGUACGCUGAAGCGAUGAAAGGACCAGCGCAAGUAAGUAGGAAAUAAGUACUCCUCCUGGGUGUAGUUCUUUUUUGCAAACUUCCUAUCGAUCUUCACAGAAGUCGAGCAUGAAAAUGGCAUUUUAGCCUCUACACACGCCGGUAUUCUGAUCGCUUUCUUGGCACGAAACUUCUAGUUUUGCAAUUCUGCCACCGAGAAGGAGUUUCCCUUUAAUGAAGAAGGACAAGGAGGACUCAGCGAAGGUCAUAUCGCGCACCGUCGACGAUUUUUUUUCCGACGCAGAAACCACGGCAGUUGUUUGCCUCGAGGCCUUGCAUGAGGAGCAGAAUGGAGAGGUUUUCAUGGAGACCCUCCUGCAGGAGAACGGGUUCCUGAUUCUUGGGCGACGACGAAAACGUUUGGAUGCGCACGAACUAGCAGAGUUGAUGGGAUUCGGCAUGCAAUCGCGAGAGGAAGGAUCCAUCCGCGCUUCCUCCGCGGCAUCCUCCAAAUCAUCUUCAGACUUGCUUAUGCCCCCGGCGGCCGCAUUCACAGACCGACCUUCCCUAAGCGGCGGGCCUCCGCCGCCUGCGGCGCCGUCCUUGUCGCUGGUGCAGCGUCUGAUGGCCGCGGGAGACCAGCGGCAGAAGUUCUUAGAACAGAGCUGUGCGAUUCCGCAGUUUCACCGCACGCUGCCAACGCAUCUAGCCCCCAGGGACGAGAACGGGCACCUGUUCGAGAAAUAUCACGGAUUUGUCGAGCCCGGCGCAGCAAGCACGGUCUGCCUGUGGCUGGAGCACCUGGCAACGUCGAACGUUACCAUUUUUUUUGUGAAACGCACCAAUGCGUUUUCGCUGUUGCCGCACCUGAUCUACGGCAAUUACCUGCAGCUACUUACCGACCGGACCGUUUUGCUGGCCGACCAAACCGCAUCUUCCGACCCAUCGUCGGCGUCUGGCGGGGAGCAGCAACGCGCUUCGUCAUCUUCGAAGGAGCCCAAAACAGUCACGGUCGCCGCUCGACGGGACGUUUCGGUUCCACCCGUCCCGAUUCCAGUAGAGCAGGCGUCCCCUCUCGAGCCUGUUUACACGUUUGCCGGUGGAGGUGGGGACGGAUCUGCAGCGUCAACGGCAAGGUCCUCUAACGCUCAGAUGCCAGGACAAAUAACACCGGUGGUCCCGUUUCAACCGGAAGAUUACCUAGACAGCGCCAAAAUUAUUAUUUUGCCGCAAGCUGGUGGUGACGAGGUUGCGAAGGCGGAGGAGACGACUGCAACUACUACGGGGAAGAAACCGAACAACCCCUUCGUAAAGCGACCGAUUGCGAGCACGACGGAAACUUCAUUUUCGCGCCACCCCUUGGCGCACCGAACGACCACAGCCGCGCCUCGCGCAAUUUUUCGGAGUGUGCACGAUAUCGUCACACCGGAUUACGAUUCGAAUGUUCCAUUACUGGCUUUAACUCCGUGUUCGCGUGAAGUGGCUGCGCGAUUUGUGGAUAAGCACUUCUUCGCGAUACCGGCGCACCUUGUCGUGUCCAAGGCAGGUAGCUCGUCGGGAACCAGCAAACAGGAACGGCGUAGUUCGGGGUCAGGUGCAGGCUCGGUGCGUUCUGCAAAAACCGAGACAAUAAAUGUACUGGGUACAACAACUAGGGGCAUUGCGGCAACGGAUGGGGCAGGCGGCGGUGCGCUCGACGUAACAGGUGGAAGUAGCGGACAUCCUGCCUCCGCUUCCGCGAGUAAGACGACCACGGAUCCCGCAGGUUUGUCGGCGACGCAGUCUGGCGCUGAGAAGAUGCCGCCCGCGACGAAGUACAUUCUCGAGGACCUUACGCUGGCGAAGGCUGACACCACACAGUUUGCGCGUCCCUCGUGCGUCACAGAGGAAAUUGCAGUACUGCAAAUCUCUCAAAUCGAGAGUGCAGGUGCAGGCGGGACCGCUCCGCCACCAAGGGCUCGUCGGCAGCGGGAGUUGAGCACCUCGCUUCUGAAACAAGUUUUUCGGGAUGUCCUCGGAUUCGAAGUGGUGCUAACGACAGAACUCCGCCCGAUGAAGUGGGACGCUGCGCAGUUGGCCUCCGUACUCUGUGCAGGCGGUGCGCCGCAUCAGGUAUCUAUGUAUUUGUUUUUCAUGCGGUCAGACAGGAUGAUCUUCAACUUCGUGUAUCUAUUUCGGUUUUACUCUGACGCGAGAAGAACUAACAAAACAGAAAAAUAAUCGAAACGUCUCUCAGGAUGUUAUCCAUCGCUUGCCGCUGCUGCACGAUCGAUUGUCGGGAAGUGACAUGUUGCAGUCGUUGGCGAUUUCAGAAGCUGGUCGGACAACAAAGCCAGACCAAGACACGAGCGCUCAGCCAGGAACAACCACAGAUGCUGUUGUAGCCCCUGCCGACGUAGCCACGAAAGGGUUGAUAGACAUGCUUCGUCAUCAGUACGGAGACGACUUUUUUCAGGUCAAAGUCCUGAUUUUCGCUAAGCCUUAUGCGGUGGAAGAGCUUCGGGCUGCGCAUCGCUUGCGCGCAGACCAAAAUGUGUGCGCCUUGUGGAAGACUUACCAAGAAAUCUUUCGCAAUAGCUCGGUGCUGCUAUCCCGCGCUGCGGUCGACCAAGUUUUUCGCACGGUCUCGCAGAGCACAACCGGGGAGCCGCUGAGCAACAUUCUCCGUUCGAUACCUAGUACCGCAAACGAGCAGUCCGAGCUAGUUGUGAACAAGUUUUUUGCGGUCAGGCAUUUUUAUUUGUUGGGCUACCUGCACACGGAAGUAAUCACAGAGAUCCUGCGGUUGUUCUGUCAGCAUUGCCCAAUGCUUCUUUCGCAAUUUGUGCGAGAGCAGCGCAUCAUGUUGGAACGACUUCCGGACAGGCGCGCGCGCAUUGCUCCAGCGAGCAAGCGCGCCUCCGCGGCACUGUACGGCGCCGGGCCACCAGCCGCGCCAUCGCAAUCAGCCAGCGCUGGCACAACUUCCGGCAUACUGGCGUCGCAGCACCGGGCUUCAACAGCAUCAUCGCUCGUCAAGCCCCUGGAUUUGGCGAAAGCGAAUAUGGGUCGUGGCGGG